AUGUACGCAGCUAGAUCUCCAUGCAGAUCAUCUUCCGAAGAAGAACUACCAAGUCACUCAUGCAAUAAAUUGAAGUCAAUCAAAACAUCAGAAAGUAAUUAUUCUAGCAUAGUACAAUUUUCAGUCAUGUUAAUUAGGACUUUUGACGACCGCAGUGCACUAAAAGCAUCAACAAAAGGGACGAGUUCCAAGUUGGAUUUAGCCGACGAAGGUCGCAAAGACUUGAUGAAAGGCCGCAAUGCACUAGUGCUGCAUUGCGGUCAGGGAUGUCAUAGUAAAUCACGCCAUUGGCGAAGAUGUGAUAUUAUUUCGUAUUGUGAAGAGUACCGUAUGGAACCUUACCUCGGUCAUACAGCCAUGAACCAUUCUAUUUCUCGCGGAAGAGCUGCUUACGAUAGCAGAGAAUUUCUUGAUUACAUCUAUCGAAAAUACGAUCCAAGAUGGACAAGCAAUGGCCAGCAACACUUGGCACUGUCGGAAUUCACUCGUUUAUUAAAAGAUGCUGGUUUAAACCAAAAUAAUGAUACCACGAUAUCUUAUAGCGAUCAAAAUCUUACCCUUUUUAGACAGCAUUUGAUUUUAGAAGCUACAGGACACUAUGAUAACAUUACUGAGCGCUACGGGUACGCGGCUAAUUGUAGAGAGUAUUUGGAUAGCUGCACCGUUGCUUUGACGAAUGAGUAG